ACAGAGAAUAAAAACCCACUCAUCUUCUUCCUACUCUGCUCUCAGUAUAAAUAUACGUCACACAUUUCUGCAACUGAGCUUAAUUUCAUUUCUCUUUCUUUCUCUGAUAUUUUUCUUGGUUUGAGCUUCGAAAAUGGAGAUAUUUUACUACCUGGUUUUCGGAUUCUUUGGCCUUGUUGUGGCCGCAAUGGAGUUGAGCAAGAACAACAAAGAUCGAAUCACUACAUCACCGGCUUUCAAUUCCUUCAAGAACAAUUAUCUUCUCGUAUACUCGCUCAUGAUGGCGGGAGAUUGGUUGCAAGGUCCUUAUGUUUACUACCUUUACAGUACGUAUGGAUUUGGUAAAGGUGAGAUUGGACAGCUCUUUAUUGCUGGUUUUGGCUCCUCUAUGCUGUUCGGAACAAUUGUUGGUUCUCUAGCUGACAAACAGGGUCGUAAGAGAGCAUGUGUGACUUACUGUAUUACUUACAUACUGAGCUGUAUUACCAAGCAUUCUCCUCAGUACAGAGUUUUGAUGGUUGGCCGUGUUUUGGGAGGUAUUGCCACUUCUCUGCUGUUUUCCUCAUUUGAGUCCUGGCUCGUUGCAGAACACAACAAGAGAGGAUUUGAACAACAAUGGUUGUCAAUAACAUUCUCAAAGGCAAUAUUUCUUGGCAAUGGCCUUGUUGCUAUUGUGGCUGGUUUGCUUGGGAAUCUACUUGUUGACUCAUUAUCUCUUGGACCUGUUGCACCGUUUGAUGCUGCUUCGUGCUUUCUUGCUAUCGGUAUGGCGGUUAUAUUAUCUUCUUGGUCAGAGAACUAUGGGGAUCCUUCUGAGAGCAAGGACUUGCUUACCCAAUUCAGGGGUGCUGCUGUGGCCAUUGCUUCUGAUGAAAAAAUUGCAUUGCUCGGGGCAAUUCAGUCUCUGUUUGAGGGUUCAAUGUAUACAUUUGUGUUUCUCUGGACUCCUGCCCUAAGUCCAAACGAUGAGGACAUUCCUCACGGAUUCAUCUUUGCAACUUUCAUGUUGGCUUCCAUGUUGGGAAGCUCCCUUGCUUCUAGGUUGAUGGCUCGCCAAUCUCUCAGGGUCGAGAGCUACAUGCAGAUUGUUUUUGCCGUUGCUUCAGCAUCACUUAUGCUCCCCAUUUUGAUCAGUUUCUUUGUACCUCCUUCCACGGAGAGAGGAGGAGGCAUCUCAUUUGGAGGAUGCAUCCUGCUUCUUGGCUUCACUACCUUCGAAGCUUGCUGUGGAAUUUUCUGGCCAUCUAUUAUGAAGAUGAGGUCCCAAUACAUUCCCGAGGAGGCUAGAAGCACCAUCAUGAACUUCUUCAGAAUCCCUCUCAAUAUCUUCGUCUGCAUUGUACUAUACAACGUGAGUGCAUUCCCAAUCACAUUUAUGUUCGGUAUGUGCUCAAUUUUCCUUUUAGUAGCAUGCUUCUUGCAGAGGAGGCUCUUCUUGAUCGCCGAAAAGCCAAGUAAGUUCAAAAUUCGGUCUUUCUUACUCGGAAUGGUAUUUUUCUGUUGUGGUGCUUAUGGUUUUUUUACAAUAUCCGAUUACAGAAACUGAAGAUUGGGAAGCAAUGAAGGAAAGGGACACCGAAUCAGAUCCAUUAAACAUCUAAUUGAGAGAUUAGAAAAGACAGACCACCGGAUUCAUUUUCAAGAUGAUGGCGUAAUGGCGGUAACGGCCGCUAGCCAUCUACCUAAUUCAAUUCAAAAAUGUUAUACUGUGAAUUGCAGUUGGUGUUAGUUGAAAGGUAUAUUCAAUUUGAUAGUGAAGAAGACAAAAAGGAGUUAUAUUCAAAUAGUGGUCUGCCCAACGAAAAGGAAAAUGGAAGUAUGAGUUAGGAAGAAGAAGUAUUUUGUAAUUGUUUUAAUUUUUGGCUGUGAAUUAGUGGUGUAGUGCAUUAAUUUGCAAUUUUCAGGAUUUACUGUUGAGAAAGAAAGUUGAAAUUUCUACCCAUGUAUGCCAAUGCCAAUAUUAUUCUUUUUCUACAAUAUCAUUUAUUCUUAAUCAGAUAUGAUGUAAGUGAAAACUACACCAAUGGUGAUAUUCUAAACCUAAAGCAUUUUUGGAUUA